AUGAUAUUCAAACUACUUCUAUUAUUUAUUUCUAUUUUUGCUGAGAGAUAUGUUGUGGAACUCUCAGGUGAAGCAGAAGUCGAAAAGCUUCAACAACUUGGCCUUACUGUAAAGAAGGCGAAAUUUGAGAACUUUUACUUUGUUGAAAAAUCGAGAGGCAGAUCAAAAAGAGAUGCGGAGUCUCUCGAAGAAAUUCUAGCGCGAGAGAAAGAUGUGCUCGACUUUGACCUUGAAGAACCACUCAUAAGAACGAAAAGAGGAGAGGAAAGAAUUCUGACAGAUCGAAAAUAUGGCCGAAGACCAGCUAUGAGGAGAGUCAGCCGGGUCAAUGAAGAAACUGAGAUAAUCCCGAAUAGUUUUACCGAGGGGCCAGUUGACUUGUUGGAGCAAGAAACGUUGUCGCCAUAUACGUAUCCAUUAUACGAUUCUAGUACUUUUCCACCAGAUGAUCAAAGUAGCUGUACUCAGCAUUGCGAUAAUAUAGCUGAUCUUUACGAGCAAGUGCUCUGCAUUUAUACAGCUAAUUGCUCUCCGAACGGAGAUUACUCAACAUCGAGUGUAGACACCACAGAGAAUGAAUACUGGCCGCGUCCUCCGCUCGAACAAGUCCACAAUACAAGCCUCUUCAACGAUCCAAGCUUCAAGAAUCAAUGGAGAAUCGGGCGCCACAACAUCGAAGCUGCGUGGAAGAAAGGCUACACUGGUAAAGGAGUCAAGGUAGUCGUUGCAGAUGAUGGUUUGGAACGAACUCAUCACGAUCUGGAACCAAACUACAGCCCUGAGAUCUCGACCGAUCUCAAUGGCAACGACUCUGAUCCUUCUCCCGAAAUAUUUGACAAAUUCAAUGGAAACAAGUGCCCGAUUUGUACUGAUUCAAAUAGCUGGAUGUGCGACAGAAGAAAUUGUCCAAAUCAUGGAACCAAAUGUGCCGGAAUUAUCGCUGCCAAGGCUAAUAAUAACGAAUGCAUUGUCGGAGUUGCUCAUGAGGCAAAUAUAGGUGGAAUACGUAUGUUAGACGGGACAAUCAGGGACGAAACAGAAGCUGAUGCUCUCACGCACCGACAAGACCUGGUUGAUAUUUACUCAAACAGCUGGGGACCGGAUGAUACGGGUUACAUGAUGGAUGGACCAAGAGUGCUCGGCAGUGCGGCUCUCGCUCAAGGAACCAGAGAUGGUAGAGGAGGAAAAGGGUCGAUAUUCGUUUGGGGAAGUGGAAACGGCGCUGGAAGAGGCGACGAUUGUGGGGCAGAUGGAUACGCAGGAUCCAUGUACACGAUCACAUUUGCCGCGGCCACUCAUUUUGGUCAGCCUCCUUCAUAUUCAGAAAAGUGUUCUGCGGUUAUGAGCACGAUCUACUCGAACACUGGUGACAAUGGCCUUGCCGGCGCGACCGAAAUCUGCACCACUUCUAUAAACAAUACCUGCGAGCAAGAUUUUGGCGGAACAUCUGCUGUGGCACCAUUUGGAGCAGGAAUUAUCGCGCUCGGGUUGCAAGCGAAUCCAAGUCUUUCCUGGAGAGAUGUUCAGCACAUUGUUGUCAGAAGUUCAAAAAAGUCCAUCGAAUCGUCUGGACAUCAUUUUCGACUUGAUGAAAGAAAAGUAAAUUGGCAGCAAAAUGACGCAGGCUUCUGGACAUCCGAGUCAUUUGGUUUCGGACUCUUAGAUGCCUUAAAAUUCAUCGAAACCGCGGAGCGAUGGCCUUCUGUAAUUGGCGAACAGCGACACUGUAAACUUGACUGGCCCCCAAAGAACACACCUUACAACGCGACUGGAGAAUUCGACAAAGAUCCAAGGAGAAGGCCCAGGGAAGAGUUUACGGCGAAAACAACCCAUUUAUUUGUGACGGAUCAUAUGUCCGAUUGUCCCUUUUUCCUUGAACAUGUGGUUGUGUCCGUCAAGAUUCGAUACCCAUACAAAAGAGGAAAUCUGAAGAUUGAACUCCGCUCACCUAGGGAUAAGGUUGUUUCAACGCUCCUGGACUACAGACCGAAUGACGAGGCAGCGAAUAUUGGUCUUAAAAGCCAGCAGAAUCGGCAUUUGAAUGGUUGGAAAAUGAGUUCGGUUCAAUUUUGGGGAGAACAACCGCGCGGGGCAUGGAUUCUUAGCAUAAAAGAAAGACAAAAACUACCAAGAAAGAGAUUCGCGAACCACGGAACUCAUCAAAAUGGAGACCCGAAGAGAGAAAUAAUCUCAUGGAGUCUAGAUCUCUACGGAACGCACGAGCAGCCGCCUGUUAACCUUUAA